AUGGCGCAUGAUUUUACAUCAGGCUUCUAUGUCAUCCCGCCGAGAGAAGAAGAACCUUCGUCACCUGCUACUGAUAGACUUUCCAACCAUUCCCCUGAUAUAGAUCCCCAAUACUGGACGCGCGACGAAGAAUAUCAAGCUAUUUUACUUUCCCAACGCCGGGAUGUCAGCACCACAAUGUCCGAUGAAGGGUAUGAAUCGUUUUCAACUUCCCAAUAUUCGAAUGGCAACACCCCAAUGCCUAGUGAAGAGCAUGAACUCGAUUUACCUCCCAUAUACAAUAAUGGCAACACCCCACUAUCCAUAUCUGACGAAGAGCAUCAAUCGGAUUCAACUUCCCAAUACUGGAAUGGCAACGGUGCAAUGUCUGAUGAAGAGUAUCAACCUGGUUUAACUUCCCCAUACUAUAGUGGCAGCACCAUAAUGUCUGAUAAAGUGGAUCAAAUUCCUUGGGAAGGUUUCAAAUGGGCCUACAAGCCUACGGAUUACGUGCCCGGGAACUACAAGCCUAUUACUACGUAUGGCGAAGACGAAGCAAAACAAGAAGAGUAUAAAAAAGAGCGGGGAGCCGACAUAAUGAAGUAUGAGGAGGGUUUACAACAGCAGGAAGCAGACAUCCCCCCUUACUUCAGUAAAGUAUCUAACUUUCCUUCUAAUGACGGGACCACCGACUUACAAACGCAAGAUAAUCAGAGAAGCGUUAGCUUGUGUCUAGAGUGUCUGCAUAAGCAAGACUUACAAACGCAAGAUAAUCAGAGAAAUGUUAGCUAUGAUUCUGAGCCGACUCCUCGCGAAACUACAGUCUUUAGCUGUUCGUGUGAUUCUAAGCUGAUUUUUCCUGCAAAUACACGCGAAGAGGAGACUCAAAAGUGGUUUAUUAUUUAUAUACAGCAAAUGUAUCUGGAAUGUGUGGAUGAGGGACUUCGGGCCGAAGUCAAGGACAUAUUCACAAGGACAUAA